AACUUGGCCUUCACACACUCCCGCCUCCUGAACGCCCCUGACCCGCGACCUUCCUCUAAGGUUCUUCCUUCUGCGCAAGCGCAGAACACCCGCUGUGAGCACAGUAGAGCCAAGAUGGCGGCGGUGGUGGAGAAUGUUGUCAAGCUGCUGGGUGAGCAGUAUUACAGGGACGCUAUGGAGCAGUGUCACAACUAUAAUGCCCGUCUGUGUGCAGAGAGGAGCGUCAGGAUGCCCUUCCUCGAUUCUCAGACAGGUGUCGCCCAGAGCAACUGCUACUUCUGGAUGGAGAAACGGCACAGAGGACCAGGUGUUGCUCCAGGUCAGUUGUACACAUAUCCAGCACGACGCUGGAGAAAGAAAAGGAGAGUUAGCCCUCCAGAGGACCCUCGUCUAGCCUUUCCAUCUCUAAAGACCGAGCUGGAUCUGGGGCUUAAGAAGGAUGUUUUCUCCAGUGAUGGCAGCAGUUUAGAGGCACUUCUGAAGGGAGAGCCACUGGAAAAAAGAUCCGGAUUGGAGCUCCGCACAGCAGAGGAGGAGCCCAGCUCUACAGAGUUCUCUACUGGGGGACUAAACCCCAGCGGGAGGGUCCGUAAGAGAAUUUUGGAGCCAGAUGAUUUCCUAGAUGAUCUGGACGAUGAAGAUUAUGAAGAAGAUACUCCAAAGAGACGGGGAAAAGGCAAGGGAAAGGGUCGUGGUGUCAGCAGUGCUAGGAAGAAGUUGGAAGCAGCAGCUGCUUUGGAGGAUCGAGACAGACCGUACGCCUGUGACAACACUUUCAAACAAAAGCAUAUUUCAAAAUCUUCCGAAAGAGUCUGUGGCAAGCGCUAUAAGAACAGGCCUGGUCUCAGUUAUCAUUACGCCCAUUCUCACUUGGCUGAGGAGGAGGGGGAGGAGAAGGAAGAGAUGGACAUUCGCGAACCAACUCCACCCCAACCUGACGAACCAAAGACUCCUAAGAAGGGUCCGGACGGUCUGGCUCUGCCGAACAACUACUGUGAUUUUUGUUUGGGAGAUUCCAACCUGAACCAGAAAACCGGCCAAUCAGAAGAGCUGGUGUCCUGCUCAGACUGUGGCCGUUCUGGUCACCCUUCAUGUCUGCAGUUCACUCCAGUGAUGAUGGCUGCUGUGAAAACCUAUCGCUGGCAGUGCAUUGAAUGCAAGUGCUGCAACAUGUGUGGAACAUCAGAAAACGAUGACCAGCUCUUGUUUUGUGACGACUGUGACCGAGGUUACCACAUGUACUGCCUCUCGCCCCCUAUGUCUGAACCUCCUGAAGGAAGUUGGAGUUGUCAUCUGUGUUUGGCCCUCCUGAAAGAGAAAGCCUCCAUAUACCAGAAUCAGAAUGCACCGCCCUCAUGAUGGCCUUUUUGGAAAGACAGACCCUCUUUCUCAUAGUUCCCACCCAAGAUUUGUUUGUUCAGUUUAAGCAAACGAAACGGGUCGAACAGAAGUAGUAGUGGAACAGACUACCAUGUCCAGGCCCGCAGACACAAAUGGAGGGAGAGAAAGAAAGAGGAAGUGAGGAAAAAUUGUGCCCUCCUUCUCUCAGUUCUCCUUCACAUCUCAGCAGGUUUGAUCUCAGUAUGACUGUUACACAGUUCCAAGUUUCAAACUACCCCUGCUCUUUGUUUUCAACUAUUAGCCCCCCACAACUAACACAAUACCUCCAUAGCAAAUGUCAAACCCGGUCAGAAACACUCUUGACCCUUACAGCAGUACAUACUUGGAGGAAGUCGCUAUGAGAAUAUUAUGACUCUGUUUUUGAGUUCCUUGCUCAUAUUAGACCUGAUAUUUCCACCUGUUUCUGUAGACACUGUUUAACGGAAAACAAAUAAUUAACCGCAGCUUAUAUCAGCCAAAAUAAAUAUUGCAUAUUCAGCCAUAUCCAAAAUACUCUGUACUGACACUGUGCUUAUCACGGAGAGGAAUAGUUGAAACCAAUCAGCAUGCCAAUGCUUGUUCAUAAUAAGCGAAAUAGAAGAGAAACAAUAAUGUGUUUUUGUAUAUUUAUAAAUUUGUAUAGCAUAUAAAGGUGUGUUGUAUUUAAGAUCUUAAACAAUAGAAAUGGUUCAUUGUUAUGACGGGAGUUGCUUGGGGAUUUUUUUUCGUAAUGAUAGCGUUUGCAUAUGCCACUGAAGCACAGAGUCUAGCGGUCAGUGUGUGAGCUCUUUACUAACUAAUGGGUUAAUGGUGCAGGUGAAGGUAGUGAUUUUAAAUUAUAUUUUUAUAUUGUUAUUAAUUUUUGCAUUUUAGGCAUCCUUUAAGAUGUUCAGAAGCUUAGUGAGAGAUGGUUAAGAUGAGGAAUAGAAUUGAAAGAGAGGACUGAAAAAAGAAGAAGUCCACUUCAAAACCAUGUCCAGAAACUAUAAUAAAUGUUGGCAAUUAAUUGAGACAGAACCAUGUAUUGCAGACUACACUGAGAUCAGUUUGUGGAUAUUCAUAGUUGCAUAGAUUCUAAUGGUAAAUCCCUUUCAAGGUAAAUCUGAAGAUUUCUCUAGUGUAAGGAAGUCGGUGCACAAAAACUUCAAUGCCAUAAUCUGUGUUUACUGUGCUGACAUUUCAUUGACUGCAGCUAUACAUAUGACAUAAAUGUUUUACUCAUGUAUUCAUUUAUUAAAUUAAAAUUAAAUUGCCAAUUGCCAGCUUGUGUAGGAUAUUGAGCAAAAGUGCACUCAAAACUGUGUUAAAUAACAGCGUUUCAGUUUUUCUGAAGAAAAUAAAUCUGUAUUACCCAGAAACCACCAUUAAGGAACAGAGAUGUCAGAAUGACUGUGAGCAUCACAUGCUAGGUUAGCCAGUAAAUUCAUUUUAGUAUGGCUUAACCGAGAGGCUGCUUUUAGUCCUUUAAUUCGAGGCUUGUAUUGGCAUGUUUAAGGCAUCAGAUAUGUGCCAUUUAACUUUAAUUUUUAAGAAACUGGAAAAAUUGUCAUCCCUUAAGAGGGUUCACACCAAAAUUAAAUUCUGUUAUCAUUUACUCUCAAAUCCGUGUAACUUUUUUUUUCUGUGGAGCAUAAAUGAAAAUGAGAAAUGCCUUGUUUUGGUCACCACUGACUUUGUAUGGAUGAAAAAAACUUCUUCAGAAUAUCUUCUUUAGCAUUCUCCAGAUGUAAGUAAGUCAUACAGGUUUUAAAUGGCAUGAGGUUGAGUAAAUAGUGACAGAAUUGUCAUUUAUUUGCCUGAGCUGAGCUUUAAUUAGGGAUUGUAUUAUGGUAGUGAAGACGGAGAGCUUUGCAAGCAAGGUUGUUCAGGUGACCCAGUGCUAAACUCAAUACAACACAGAUGUGAAGUAUGGUAUUUGCUGAAUUUGCCAGAGCUUAGUUUGACUUCCUAGAGCAAGCUGAGACAGAUAUACAGCCUGCUUUAAAUGUUCCCCUAUUUUCCUGUCUUCUAUUGCCAUUUACCUUUACAAUCCAGCCAAAACUUCCUUUGUUUAAAGAAUAAAUCUAGAGCACCGCAUGCAGUUGGCUCUUUCAGCCCUGUUCUUUGUAAAUGUAUACUGAAUGAAGAAAUGAAUUGACCUGAGAUGAGUUCUGUGUGCUCUGUAAGUCUUCAGAUUCAAAAUAACUGCAGACCUCCAUAAAGGUUUAGGCUUAUAUCUGAUACUGAUACAUUAUUGCUCAUUGCAUUCAUAACAUGUACAGGAUCUUAUCAUUGUUUUAUUUUUCAUUCUCAAGUUUAGUUACUGCAUGUUUACCUUACAUGGUCAUUUAUACAUAACACAUAACAUUUAGCUUACACUGUACUCUGUACUCACAGUACCAGCAUAGUAAAGGAUUAUGAGAAAUUUGAUAACUUAGCUUUAUGGUAUCAGCCAACUAACUUUUAUUAAAAUAAUUAGAAAAUAUUACAGUUUACUUUUCCUGAAUUGUUCUAAAAACUACGCAGUUUGUCUAGAGAAAAAGUGGCCAUUUGUUUUUUGUUUUUUUUUGGUUUUUUUAAAGAUUGUGUUUGUUAGGUUGGUUUUGGGGGAUCCAUUUGUUAUUUUGGUGUAUUGUACACAUUUUCCCAAGAAAAAUAAAACUCACAGACCAUA